AUGACUGCACCUGUACGCAGCAGCUGCUUCGAGCGCUAUCGAAAGCUCGUCAAACGUAGCAAGCUGGCCUCAAAGAUUCGCGUUGAACCAAGGACAAGGGCUCGAGACAGUCGCUUCGGAAAAGUCAAAGACGUAGAACGAAUGUCGACCCGCACAAAGCUAUGCCGGCUGUGCGGUCGGAAUCAGCCGAAUGAUCAGACCUCCACUUUUCUUCCACUCAGCCCAGCAGAGCGUCCAGGAUCUUCUGUCGGUCGCAAGCGCAAGGACGCAAACGAAUUAUAUGAUCGAAAGCUGGACGAACCCGGAGAAGGAGGGGCCGGGAGAGUCUCGAAGAUGGUAGAGAAGAAGUCCAAGGAGGCCCAGCUCAACCGCACCUCGCAUAAAUUCCAAGUAAACGAUGUCGUGCUCGCCAAGGUUCGCGGCUUCCCUGCAUGGCCAGGCAUUGUCAUGGCAGACGAAAACGUGCCCUCGGCUGUCUUGAAGGAACGACCCGUCGUCAAGCACCGUGAUCUCUACACGAUCCGCUUCUUCCCUGCCGCCGACUACCACUGGGCCUUCUCCAAGGACCUCGAGCUGUUGAGCAAGGACAAGAUUGACUCUUUCCUCGCUGGACCAAAUCGUAAGAAGGGCGACCUGCGACAGGCCUACGAAAUCGCACGCGAACCCCAAUCCUGGAACGACGAACAGAACUCCAUCGUACGCAACUACGAGCAGUCAUUGCAAGACGCCGCGGAAGAGGAGGAGGAGAACCAGGAUCAGCUCGAAGAAGAGGACGAAGAGGAUGACGAGCCAUCGAGCAAGAAGAGGAAGCGUGCUCCCGAGACGGGCAAGAUCCGCGAGAGUGCGGACAAGCGCAAAAAGUCUAAGGCGUCAGAAGCUGCCAAGACCAAACCAGAAAAGCCCGCCAGCAAGGCUGGCGCUGCCGCAAAUGGCGAAGACAAAUCGGACGAGUCGUUGGAUCCCGAGACCAAGAAGGUCAAGGAGUGGCGACACAAGGUGCAAAAGGUCUUCCUCGGUCGGGACGGAACCAUCAGUGCCGAAGACAUGCCAUCAGCAGAUGCGACCUUCAAGACGGUCGAAGAAUACGACGGCAUGACCGCGGAUCACCUGCGCACCACCAAGAUCGGUAAGGUGAUGAAGAGGGUGAUGCAGCUUUCCGACAUCCCACGCGAUGACGAGUUCCACUUCAAGGCACGUGCGGAGAAGCUGUGCGCCAAGUGGGGUGCCAUCAUGGCCGGCGGCGAUGCGCCCAAGGAGGUGGCCCCUGAAGGGUCGAGCGAGCCGAAAAAGGAGAACGGUGACUCGGCAGCAGCUCACGCCGAACCGGAAGCCAAGAGCGAAUCAGCGCCUGCGACCGAGACCAAGACCGAGGCACCCGCAGCAGAGGCAUCAGCAGAGUCCGCCUAA